AUGGACAAGGUCCUGAUGGCUCUCCUGCUGCUGGGGGCUUCCCCUCUGGUCAUCUUCCAAGCUCAAGCCACGCUAUGCAUGGUCUGCAGUGUAUUCAUGAAUGGCAGGUGUGUGCAAGGCAGGGGCAACUGUACCAUGGAGAAAGAUGGUGGAUGCAGAACCAGGGACAUCUACUUUUUCAACGUAAGAGAUGGGUUUUUCUACAACCACACUAUACUGGACUGCUCAAAUCCAUGUAGGGCUUGGAAGCUGUACAAUGAGAAUCUGAAGGUUUCAAGCUUUUGCUGCCAAGGUCGAAAUUUCUGUAAUAGAUAUAAAGGAAAAAUAGCAAAUGAGAAUAUUAUCUGA